UGUGACAUUAAGUCGCGACUAAGAAUGGGAGAGAGAGAGAGAGAUGCCAGGCCCAACAUUAUAUAUGGAGCCAGUAGAGCCGCAGUCUCUGAAAAAGCUAAGCUUCAAGUCCCUAAAAAGAGCUCUCGACCUCUUCUCUCCUAUCCAUGGCCAAUAUGCGCCCCUGAUCCUGAAAGCAAGAAGAUACGGAUCAGCUACAAGAUGCAUGCUGAAUAUGGAGCAAUCAGAAACUUGCCAACCCAGUUGGCUAGUCAAGUUAGUUCAACUCGACAAGAUCAAGCUUCUGGAACUUCUGAAAUAUUGGCCCUUCCAGGUACUGGCUCUUCUCUCUUUGUGUAUGUAUGA